AUGCUGCUACCCACUCCAACGCAGACGCUAGCGGGCGGCAAAGUGAAGGUGUACGUGGUCGAUCUGCACGCCUACGAUGAUGCGAACUCACCGCGACUAUCGGCAUCCAACGCCGACGCUCUGGCAAUGGUGUGCAUGAUCGAUAGACCUUCAGUCAAGAACGCUGUCGACAGGGAAACCGCUUCUGCGCUACACUCUGCAUUUGUGUGGUUCGCCAACGAUGACAAGCUCCGAGUAGCAGUGCUCACUGGUGCCAAUGCAACGUUUUGUGCUGGUGCUGACCUCAAGUCUAUUCUCCACUCCAACGUCAGCAAGCGUGCCACGAACAAGAGCAACGCGAACACGCUCGACGCAAGUAAUUUGCUCGAUCCCGAUAUGGAUGCAGUCGCGCCAAUGGGAGUGACACGCCUGGUGAUGAACAAACCCGUGAUUGCGGCGGUCGACGGAUUCGCCGUCGCCGGCGGCAUCGAGUUGGCACUAUGGGCUGAUCUAAGAGUCGCUAGUGCGGAUGCUCAAUUCGGCAUCUUGUGCAGGCUAAGAGGUGUGCCCCUGAUUGACGGAGGCACAGUGAGACUACCGGCGCUGAUCGGUGGGUCCAGAGCGGCCGAUCUUGCGCUGACCGGAAGACUUGUCGGAGCUGCAGAAGCACACGCUAUUGGAUUGGUCAACUUUGUCGUGUCAGACGCAAAAGCGGCGGACCAGGUACAAGCUCAAACCGGCUUUUCUCGAGUGGUGCAAGAGUCGUUGAAAAUCGCUGCGCGUCUAGCGGCCAACCCGCAAACGUGCAUGCUCAACGACAGAGCCAGCAUGCUCAACGCAAUGUACCCCACACUGUCGGCGGCGACCGAACGAGAUCCGGUAGAAACACACGGUGCCAAGGCCGAUCUCAGGCUCAAAGGCGGCUUACGGAGCGCAAUGCAGACCGAAUUCGAGCUUGGACUGCAAAGUCUAGAAAAGUUGUUCGAGGAAGGUGCCGUGGGCGCAUUUCUCAAUCGCUCGCAACGGCAGCGCGAGGCGGAUAGAGCAAGAUCGAGAGCUAGCAAUCUGUAA